AUGGCAACUCCGUCGGUAUAUCAACGAGCCAUUAAUGAAAUUCAACGAAUAGAUUAUAAUUUAACGAGAGAAAAAGAAAAAUUAUAUAUCGAUCGUCAAAAUUUUGAAGAAGAAAAAAAUUCCUAUCGAAUACCGAUUGAUAAUACAGAUGUUAUUCAACUUAAUGUUGGAGGCGAAAUUAUUACAACAAUUCGUGAAACUUUAAUCUGUAUUCCAAAAUCAAUUUUAUCUAUUAUAUUUAAUGGUCAAUGGGAACGUAAAAUACAACGUGAUCAAAACGGAAAUAUAUUUUUCGAUUUUAAUCCAGUACUUUUUCGUCAUUUACUUGAUCAAUUACAAAUAUUUGAUAAAAAUAAUCCGAUGCAUUUUUCUCCACCGUUAGAUCCUGUACUUGUAGAACCUUUUAAAAGAAUGCUUCGUAAAUUAGGACUCGAACAAUAUUUACCAUUAGAAAAGGAUGUUAUUAAUUUUAAUAUUGCGGGAAAAAUAUUAACACAUCAUCGUAAAAUAUUUAAUCAAAUAGCCAAUACUAGUUUUGAUGUACUCGAUCCAUUUUCUAAACCAACACAAUAUGUUAAUAAUACUGAUGUAUUUCUUGAUAUUGAUUUAAAAAAUUUUCAACAUCUAAUUAAUCAAUUACGUGAAGAACCACCGGAAAAGAUGAGUUGUAAUAAAAUAUCACCGAAUAGAAUGAUUUCUUUUUAUAAAAUGCUUAGUUAUUUCAAAAAGAAUCAACGAAUCCGGAAAAAAACAGAUAAAUGGAAACAACAUGGAAUUACGGUUGCUGGAGGACAUGGACGAGGAAGUCAAUUAAAUCAACUUUAUUAUCCUCAUGGAAUUUUUCUUGAUAAUAAAAAAACGAUUUAUGUUGCUGAUAGUUUUAAUCAUCGGAUUGUUGAAUGGAAAUAUGAUUCAUCAUCUGGUUAUCUUAUUGCUGGUGGACAUGGUGAAGGAAAUAGAAUUGAACAAUUAAAUCGACCCACAGAUAUGGUUAUUGAUCAACAAAAUAAUUCUUCUAUUGUUUGUGAUCAUAGAAACAGACGUGUAAUUCGAUGGUUUUAUAAAAAUCAAACAAAUCAACAAAUUCUUAUUUCUGAUAUUGAUUGUUCUCGUAUGACUAUGGAUAAAAAUGGAGUUCUUUAUAUUUCGGAUUAUAAAAAGAAUGAAGUUAGACAAUGGAAAGAAGGCGAUAGCGAAGGAAGAAUUGUUGCAGGUGGAAAUGGUCAAGGUAAUCAUCUUAAUCAACUCAAUGCUCCAUCAUUUAUUUUUAUCGAUGAUGAUUAUUCACUUUAUAUAUCAGAUACUCGAAAUCAUCGUGUAAUGAAAUGGAAAAAAGAUGCUAAAGUAGGAAUUAUUGUUGCUGGUGGAAAUGGUCAAGGAAAUAUUCUUAGACAAUUAUCGGCUCCUCAAGGAGUCGUUAUUGAUGAUUUUGGUCAAAUUUAUAUAGCAGAUUAUGAAAACAAUCGAGUAGUUCGUUGGACUGAAGGAGAAAAAGAAGGUUCAGUUGUUGUUGGUGGAAAUGGUGAUGGAAAAAAAUCAAAUCAGUUCAGUGGUCCUAUUGGUUUAUCAUUUGAUAUUGAAGGAAAUCUAUACGUUGCCGAUCAUGGGAAUCAUCGCGUUCAAGGAUACGAAAUUGAUUUUGAUAAAUCCUAG